AUGAGCUUGGCUGACUUUGUUGAAAAGAAAGUUCAAGUCAUUACAAAUGAUGGGCGUGUUGUUUUAGGCUUCUUGCGAGGAUUUGACCAUACAACAAAUUUGAUUCUUUCAGAGUCUAUAGAAAGAAUUAUUACUUUAGACCAAGACGCAGAAACGAUUCCUUUAGGUGUUUAUUUGUUACGCGGUGAGAAUGUAGCUAUCGUUGGGCUGGUAAAUGAAAGUUUGGACGCCGAUAUUGAUUGGGAAAAAAUUCGGGGUGAGCCAAUUCCUGAUAUUGUUCAUUAG